AUGGCCUCCCCUCUCGAGCUUCAUUUGCUCUACGUCCUCCUCGACUCCAAUCUUCCUACCGGCGGCUUCGUUUCUUCGUCUGGUCUCGAAUCCUUUGCGAAACACGGUUUGCUGGGCUCCUCUUACACCUACUCGUCCGACCCUCCUGCUCCCGGUGGUGCUCCAGCAAAAAAGAAUAUGAUGGGUGGUCUAGUGGAGUUUGCGACAGCGGAAGUGAAGAAUUAUGGGAGCACGACUGGCGGGUUUGUGAGGGAUGCUUGGCUGGCUGUGGACCGUGCUCGACAGAUCUUUGUCUCAAAGCCCGACGAAAGCUCCGAGGCUUUGGCCAAAGUGCUACAGGAUGUUGAGAGACUCGACAAUUAUCACGAAGCUACACUGCUCUCGCACGUCGGCCGGAGAUCGUCUAGGGCACAAGGUGUCGCGAUGCUCACCUUGUAUGCGAGAGGACUCAGCAGGCCUACCGGAAUUUCUGAAUACGGAGACUCAAAGGAAGCUAAGGAAGAGAAAGUGGAAGAGCUGGCGGGACAGGUGGUGGAUGGGUAUAAGAGGCUUGUGAGGCUCGGGAAAGCGCCGGGGCAUCUGGCUGUUUGUUGGGGAGUCGUUGCUUCAGCUCUGGGGCUUGGGAUCGAUCGCGCCGUCCACAUCCACCUCUUCCUUCAUGCCCGAUCGCUCCUCUCCUCCGCCGUUCGACUCAACCUCAUAGGACCAUAUGCCUCCUCCCAGCUACUGUUACACCCAUUCCGCAAGAUCAUCGACAAAACAGUGUCAGAUCUGUCUGCUAGUACUACUGGGAUACUGCACGAGGGCAGGGGCGAGAAGCAGGGUGAGGAAGACUUCUGGGCGUGGACGGAAGAGGCGGAGAGAGGGCCUCAGACGACUUGGCCUUUAGGAGAGGUGUUGACGGGGAGGCAUGAUCUGCAGCACUCCAGGAUCUUCAACUCCUAG